AUGGCCACGGCAUUCAGAAGAUUUCUCAAUAGCGAAACGGGACCUAGAACAGUCCAUUUUUGGGCUCCCGUCAUGAAAUGGAGUUUGGUUUUCGCAGGCGCCAAUGACAUGGUGAGACCUGUCGAGAAAGUGUCGGGAAGCCAGCAGCUUGCGCUGUUGGCCACCGGUGCCAUUUGGACGAGAUGGUCGUUUGUGAUUCGCCCGCAAAAUAUGCUGUUGGCAUCCGUCAAUUUCCUGCUUGGUACCGUCGCGGGAUACCAGGUGAUCCGACUGUACAACUGGAGAAGAACGCUGGGUGACUCCCCAUUGGACUCCUUCAAGUACAUCAUCAACGGAACGCCCGAGGCCAGCAGCACUACACCAGUGUAA